AUGCCGCCUAACCGCCAACCAGGCAGCGCUUGGCAUAUGGGGUAUUGGGGAAUCAGGCAUGUUCAAGCAUUUUUUUUAUUCACUUCUUUUGUGUUGGCGUUCGCGAUGAGAAUAAACAUGAGUAUGGCUAUAGUUGCAAUGACGGCUGAGAGGACAUUUGCUUGGAGCAUGCAAACUCAAAGCGUGAUACUUUCAUCUUUCCUGUGGGGAUACGUUAUGCUCCAAAUCCCUAGCGGUCUGAUGACCGCCAAAUAUGGAGGGAAAAUUCUCUUGAUAAUGUGCAAUUCUGUCAAUGCUAUAGUGUCGCUCUUAAUACCUUAUAUAUCAUACAAGACAGGUUGGAAAGGACUUUGCUUUUGUCGCGUCUUGCAAGGUCUCUCUCAAGGCAGUAUAUAUCCAGCAUCUCAUUAUCUUGUUACUAAAUGGAUCCCCAUUGAGGAAAAGGGGCGAUGCGUAUCCAUUAUUUAUGGAGGGGCCUUCCUUGGGAUGGGCUUGCAGCUAUUGGUUUCUGGUUUUAUAAUUCAUAUAUGGGAAUGGCCAGCAAUCUUCUAUUCCAAUGGUAUAUUGGGCAUUAUUUGGUUUCUUUCUUAUAUGUAUUUUGGAUCUGAUAGUCCACAGAAGUCCAAAAUGAUUAGUCCGGAAGAGAGGCUGUUAAUACAAACUUCAUUGGGACUAGUCGGUCCACAAAAGGUUUUGAAAACCCCGUGGAAGGCGAUAUUCACUAGUGUGCCAUUUUAUGCCCUACUCUUGACGCACUGUUUCCAUAACUGGGGCUUUUGGACACUAAUAACAGAACUACCUUCGUAUAUGGGCCAAGCACUUAAUGUUCAUAUAAAAAAGAAUGGUGUGGUAUCAUCUAUCCCCUACUUUACAACAUACGCUUUAAGCUUUGUAUUUGGCUUUGCGACGGAUUAUGCUCUUAAAAACAAGUUGUGUAGCACCGGGACUUGCAGAAAAGUGUGCAAUUCUAUUGGUGAGUUAGGCCCAGCCAUAAUGCUAAUAGCUCUUUGUCAAGUACCAAAAGGUCAGGUGACUGCGUGCAUAGUUCUGCUUGCGCUCGUGGUCGGACUCAAUGCGGGAUAUAUGACGGGAUUUAAUAUUACGCACAUCGAUAUGGCUCCGAACUUUGCGGGCCCUCUCAUGGGGAUGACCGGCUGCAUCGCCAACUUUGUGGGAAUCAUGGCGCUCCUAGUAGCCGGAGCUAUAAUCGAGGAUGAGAAAGAUCCUGAGCAGUGGCACAUAGUAUUUUACCUGUCUUCAGCUAUAUACAUUGCCGCGAGUUUGGUGUUCAUCUUUUUUGCUAGCAACGAAAAGCAGGCCUGGAACGAUCCGCCUCAAGAAGUGGGGUAUUGGGGAUUCAGGCAUGUUCAAGUGUUUCUUCAAUUCACUGGCCUUGUGAUGGCGUUCGCAAUGAGAGUAAACAUGAGUAUGGCAAUAAUCCCAAUGACAGUUGAAAAAUCAUUUGCUUGGAAAAUGCAAACACAAAGCGUGAUACUUUCUUCUUUCCUUUGGGGAUACGUUGUACUCCAAAUUCCAAGCGGCGUGAUAGCGGCCAGAUAUGGAGGAAAAAUUCUCCUGGCAUCGUGCAUUGCUGUCAAUUCUGCAGCGUGUCUUUUAAUACCUUUUGUAGCAUACGAGACAGGUUGGAAAGGACUCUGCGUUUUGCGUGUCUUGCAAGGUCUUUCUCAAGGCUGUAUAUUUCCAGCCACACAUUAUCUUGUAAGUAAAUGGGUUCCCGUUGAGGAAAAAGGACGAUGUGUAUCCUUUAUUUACGCAGGGUCCUAUCUUGGGAUGGCCUUGCAGCUAAUAGCUUCUGGUUUUAUAAUUGAUAUAUGGGAUUUGCCAGCAAUCUUUUAUUCCAAUGGUUUAUUGGGCAUUAUUUGGUUCCUUUGUUAUGUGUAUUUUGGAGCCGAUUGUCCACAGAAGUCAAAAAUGAUUAGUCCGGAAGAAAGACAAUUAAUACAAACUUCAUUGGGACAAGUUGGCAAUCAAAAGGCUUUGAAAACCCCGUGGAAAGCGAUACUCACAAGUGUGCCGUUUCAUGCUCUGCUGACAAUGCACUGCGGGAAUAACUGGGGCUAUUGGACACUAAUAACAGAACUACCUUCGUAUAUGGGCCAAGCACUCAAUAUUCAUAUAAAAAAGAAUGGUGUGGUGUCAUCUAUCCCCUACUUUACAACAUACGUUUUAAGCUUUGUAUUUGGCUUUGCUUCGGAUUAUGCUCUUAAACGCAAAUGGUGUAGCAUCGGCACUUGCAGAAAAGUGUGCAAUUCUGUUGGUGAAUUUGGUCCAGCCAUAAUGCUAAUAGUUCUGUGUCAAGUGCCACCAGGUCAUCCGCAUGCGUGUAUAUUUUUGCUCGCGUUCGUGGUCGGACUUAAUGCGGGAAAUUUGACGGGUUUUUUGAUCACGCACAUCGAUAUGGCUCCAAACUUUGCUGGCCCUCUCAUGGGUGUGACCAACUGCGUCGCCAACUUCGUAGGACUCAUUGCACCCCUGGUGGCCGGACUUAUACUGGAAGAUGAGAAAGACCCCAACCAGUGGCACAUGGUGUUUUACUUGGCUUCAGCUGUAUACAUCGUCACGAAUGUGAUAUUCAUCAUAUUUGCUAGCAACGUAGAACAGCCUUGGAACAAACCUCCUCAAGACGUUUCAUAG